AUGAUGAGAACAAGGCACGAAGAUCAACAAUCUCGUGCUUUCCACGAGCUAUCAACCAUCGUUCUAAACCUCCUCCGUUCUACUCCACCGCCGUUGAAUAUCUCCGAUCAUCCACCGGGUCCACCGUCACGACCUCAAAUCUCCCCCGCGGGAUUCGCCUCCAUGUUUCUUGGAAUCUCGCUGGCUCUUAUGCUAUGUGGAUCCGUCACGUUCUUCAUCGGGUUCGUCUUGAUGCCGUGGGUUAUAGGAUUGAUCAUGGUCCUCUACGUCGCUGGAAUCGUUUCGACUCUCUCCGAUUUCGGAAGUUAUAUUUUCCGUUACGUUACGGCGGCGCCAGAGGCGCGUAAGGAUAUUCCAGCGUGGAAGGUUAUGUGA